UCGUGGUUGGCAGUACGCUAGAAACUGGUGAGCGAGAGCGACGUGACUGUGUGUGUGCGUCCGCGAAAAAACACGACCCUCGAACUUUUCUCUUUUGGAACGCCCCCUAGUCUCCUACUUCCCCCCUUCUCUCUCUCCUACAGGAGGAAGUCCCCGUCCCCCCACACUCUUAAGGAGACGUCCUUCCAUCCUUCCUUUUUCUCUCUCUUCUCUUCCUCUCUCUCUUUCUCUUCAACCUCUCCAUCGAGCUUCCCUUAAACACGACAUGAUGGCCGAGACUCACCCCAAAUCCGAGGUGUCGUCCACGGUGACCACCUCGCCGACCUACGCCGCCCCUCAGAAGUCGUCGGGAAUCUCUCUGUGCCUUGAGUACUUUAAGACGGCCCCGGGAAUCAUCAAGAUCAUCGAACUGGUGAUCGGCAUCUUCUGCAUGGCCUGCGCAGCACCGGCCUGGACGAACGGCACGCACUGGUUCCUGUUCGUGGUCGUCACAGCCUUCGUGUCAACAGCCCUCUGGUGUUUCAUCUACCUUCUGAAUCUCAAGAACGCCAUCAACCUCCCGAUUGAUUGGCUCCUCACUGAACUCAUUCUAACAGCUCUCUUUGCGGUGCUUUACAUAAUAGCUAGCAUUGUCCAGUUAAUCAGCUCUGUCACAAGGCCGCGGCCACCCAGUCGCCUGAAACCCUUCUACAUAUUGUCGGGGAUCUUCGGCAUCUUCAACCUGAUCGCGUACGGCAUCGGCUCCUUCUACCUGUACCGCGACUGGAAGGACAGCCACCCCCACUCCUCCUUCUCCGGCUCCGUCCUCAAGCGCAAUCCUUAGAGCUCGAGAGGCGGGGAAAUUAGGACAACAAAAUGAGUGGAAGAACAUGUGUGUGCAUGGCUGUGGAUCCCGAUUGACGAGCCAGUGACGAGGGCGCUGAUUGACCUCGCCCGCCAUGCAGGACUCGGCUCUGCAUGGGUCGAUGGCUGAGCUCAUAUUAUUUUUUUUUUUAAACACUGUCUGUUAACCAUCCAAUGUAAGGAAUGAACAUCAUUUAGGAGGUCGAGACAUUACAUAUAUGAAAUUAUAAAGGAAAUACUUCAGUGGAGUAUAAACUGCCUUAGUCUGUGGGAAAAAAAUCAUAUACAAGCACUUCUUCUCAAUUGCAUCAAAGUCGUUUUUUUUCUUAAAAACUUCAAAGCCUCGAAGCUCCACUGAGACACUCGUACAACUCAAAAUCAAGGCAUCCAUGAAAGAUGUUUAUAGGACGCUAUUCAAGUGCUUUUCCAUUGUGAAUCAGAAUUACGUGUAACCUUUUGCCUUGCCCAUCCUCAGUACAAGCCUCAUCUCUGUGAAACUCCCCAUUUUAAUUUUAUUUGUACUGUAGAACAUGUCUUUUUCGUUCUGUAUGUCUCGCUUUUCCAUGAAAUGAAAUGAAGAAAGCACUAGUCGACGGAAAAGAGGAAUGUGCCCGGUAAUCUUUGGUCAUGAGACAGUAUCAGUGACUCUUACAGCUUAAUAUGAGCAGAUCCCUUUUUAGCUGAAGAAAAUUUAUAUCAUCUGAAGAAUGAAUAAAAAUAAAAAUAAAAAAUAUAAAAAAGGUUCCCAUAAACACACCUGUACAUUAUAGGUGUCUAUGAAAUAUUUUUGUUUUGUUUUAAUAGGGGGACAUGUUUAAUAGAACUAACUUUUAGUUUAGUAGUCAAAGUUUAUUAUUGUGACCUGUUUACUUAUGCUUUAAUGUAUAGUUUACUGUGUAAUAUAAUAUAUUUCUCUAAAAAAGAAACACUCACAGUCUAGCACAUUAUCAAUAUUAUGAUAUAUCCAUAGUGAUAAACAGUAAAAAUUUUAAAAAGCUUACUUAUACAAAUAUUCAGAUCCUAUUUUUAAUCUCAUAAGCCUUUACAGUAUGUUUAAUUACUAACCAUGUAAUGUAUUUUGAAUCCAAGUUUAAGAUCAAGUAUACUAGUAACAAAGUUUUUCUUCAAUAUCACAUCAGUAAUAGGGGGCAUGGUCUUUAAGAUGUGGAAGAUAAUUUUAGAACUUGGUUUAGAUUUAAUUAAUGUAAUUGGCGUAGAAAAGAAAAACUUUAAUAAUGAAUGAAUGAAAAUAUGUUUUUUGUAAAAUAGCAGUGGUAUCAAGUUAUUUGACUCUCUCUCUCUCUCUCUCUCUCUCUCUCUCUCUCUCUCUCUCUCUCUCUCUCUCUCUCUCUCCUCCCUCCCUCCCUCCCUCCCUCCCUCCCCCUUUACCUUCCUUUGAGAAAGACAUUUCAAAAUCUAUCUUCCCAAAUAUCCAGAUACCCAUUGUUGACAAACAUAUGACAGUUAUAAUAUGGAAUAAUAUCUAUAUUGGAGAAAGGGAACUUUGGAUGUACAUAAUUUUGUAUAAUGUUUGGAGAAAUAUUGGACCAGAGUUCAUCACUGCCACGUCUUGUGCAGUCCAUCAUUUGUUAUUAUGUCAGUUCGUAGACGCUUCUGAGACAAGCCCUUGAGCCUUGCGAGAGUGAAGACCACUUUCUUUCCAAGUUUAAUGGACAGACAAAUUAUGUGCUCCUUUUUUGUAUGUCAUCUUGAUUAUCAUGUUAGUAUGGUGUUACUCUCAAAGACCUGAAGAAAACGUAUUACUUAAUGCCAAGAUUAGACUUUUUGUGUACUCACUUGAGGGGGAAAAAAGGCCACUGUAUUUAUAACAAACACUCAUGUUUCUUUGUAACUAAUGGCACAUAUCAAUGAUAAAAGUAAGAUAUAGAUGCACAAUAGAAUGAUAAUUAAUCAUGGAUGGACCAUACCUCAUUCAAAGUCAUUCAUCUAAUGUAAAAUCAAAUCCGAUUUUUUUUUUAAGUUAUCAAGUUGGUCUAUUAUGUAGUCUCUAAAGAAAUGUGUUUGCCUUCCUAUGUAUAUAUUUUCACUUAUUUGUUACUGACCACAUUCAUACUGUUGUCUUUACUUUUGCUUAAAUCUGUAUGAGGAUAUUCUUAGACAUCGGAAUAUUGCCAAGUGAAUAAUGAAAAAAAAACUAUGAAUAGUGUCACAUAAUUUUUUUCUAUCAUAGGAAACCACAGCACAAAAAACGGUCAGGAAUAGUAAGCACGGAUAGUUUCUUUGUAAGUUAUGCUUGGUUAUACAGAUUGAUUUCCUGUGUUCAUUGCUUGGAACUAUUCAAUAAAAGAGGAUUUUGUAAAAAAA